ACCCGGAUCGACACCUGCGUCAAAUCUACGAGGUGGUAGGGGUUUCCGGCGUAAUCGAUAGCGUAGCGCAGCUGGUCAAGCGUCGCCGGGGAAGUCCACCGAAAAUUACCAAAGAACAAGAACUUCAGCAGCAUCUGGAACGUGCCAAAGAGGCCCGAGCAGGACGGUUGAAUUCGAUCGGAGCCAAACAUCGGUUCUUACUUGAAACGGCAUCGUACAUUUUGAACCUCGAGCCAGAAACUCUCAUCGAUUGCACCGCCGACAAAAAUGAGUAUGUAGAAAAGCUUGAUCAAAUGUUCGAAGCCGACGGAAUAAGAUCGGUGCUGGUGUUUUAUGGAAUGUACGAUGCGCCCGGGAUGGAUUCCGGGCGGUACAACCCGAAGCACAAACGGCAACAGAGUAUGCAAACUUUGAUCACAAGUGGAACGGGUGAGAAGGUGACGACCCUGUGUACCGGGGCAUACAGGCACACCAAUGCCAGAACGAUUGAAAUGAAGAGUUUGGGCGAGGAAAUUUAUUUUCUGGCAAUUGCCAUACCAGAAAAUGCAUCGAUUAUAUUCACGUUGACUUCGUUGUCGGAAAACGUGUUGAAACCGGCAUUGGACAGCAUCAAGGACUACGGUUUUUGUACGGACCUACAAAAAAGUUACUUUUUCCAUGGCGUUGAAACGUUCAUAAAGUUCCUCAAAAGUACCGAGAAGGAUAUUUUCGAACGGAUUAUGUUUGCAGUAGACCAUGACCUGUACAAAGGCUUUCUUCUGACGGCUGUUCAGAUCGAGGAGUCAUCACAUGACAGGGACAAGGUGUAUGCCGCAGAACGAUCCUUCGCCCGUUGGAUGCGACAGAUGCAGUUCGCGCUAACCCAGGGAGAUCAGAUUCGACGCGAUCCGUAUGAUGUAGGUCCACUGCACGAGUUGGAGUACUGGCGCAGCAUGCUUACCAAGUACACGUCAAUUGCGGAGUUUAUCGAAUCCAGGCCAUUUCUGAACUAUCAGCACUGUUUGAAGCUUUCCCGCUCGAAGCUUCUGAAGAAAUGGCACGUAAUGGAUAAUGAAAUAACAUGUAAAUUGAAUGAAUCGCGAGAAAAUGUUAAGUACAUUAGCUCGAUUGAGCGAUUCUGGGAUCCGUUGUAUCGGUGUGAUCCGGAGGAAGUGGCGAUAAAUAUUCCCAGCCUGCUGACGAUCAUCAGACAAGUUUACAAGACAUCCAGUUUCUAUAACACAUCCGACAGGAUCACAGGCCUGUUGUCCAAAGUAACGAAUCAAAUUAUUAUGAAUUGUCAACAAUAUAUGACCUGCCGGAGGAAGAAAACGAUCUAUGAUCAGAAUAAGAAAGAUGUGUUGACAAAGAUACGGAUCUGCAAAGAUUUGGAUAUGGUUUAUCGUUUCCACUAUUACAAAACGAUCAACGACAUGGAAGAGAGUCCGGAUGAGACCCCAUGGGAUUGCUCCGAUAUGUAUAUUUUUGGGAAAAUGGACACUUUUAACGUACGGCUGGACAAGAUCCAAAACAUUAUGGAGUUGCACCUUAAGUAUCAGAUCAUCGACCAGGUCGGAAUUUCGGGAACAGAAACAUUCUCCAGUAGGAUUAAAAAGGCAUAUGAUGAGAUAGCUUCUAAAACGUACGACCCGCUAGUUCAUCGUCAGCAUCAAUUCGACUAUGAUUACGACAUAUUUUUGAAAGAGAUUGAAGCCGCCGAGAUAGGGCUACAGAAAUUAGUCAAAGAGAUGCUCGCAGUGAUUCCAACCAUCGAAAGUCGCCUGCUGGUUCUGAAUCGCUUCGAAAAACUUCAGCUGGAUUGUUUGUGUCUUGAUCGAAGAUAUCUGGACAUUGCCGUCAUGCUGGAGAAACAAAUCUUCGAAAUUAAGGAUUAUUAUAAUGAAAACCGAGCGAAUCCUCCAAUAGUUUGGUGCGUUCCAAAUAGCGUCGGGCGCAUUAUGUGGGCUCGGUUCUUAUUCCGCAAGAUGGAUGAUACAAUCAAGGUGAUCAAAACUCGCGGCUGCGUGAUCCAGCACAAGAAAGCUCAGCUUUGCGUUAAGUACUACAACUACCUAUGCGAAGUUCUGUUGCAUUAUGAGAUGUUACAUCAUCGAGCUUGGUGGGAUUUUGUCGAGCAAGCGAUCGAAAACCUAGAGGCUCCGAUUUAUUCUAAAAAUUUCGACACCAAUUGGUUGCAGGUGAAUUUUCAUCCAUUUCUAAGGCAAACGAUAAAGGAAACGGAAACGGUCCUUAAAUGGGGAUUAGCUGCACCGGAGUUUGCGGUAUUGCUAGUGCUUCAGAAAGAUAACCUGUACAAUGCAUUCGAACGAGUCAAAGAUUUAAUGGUGCGGAACAAUAGAAUCAGGCUGAGUAUUCCAACGAUAUUUCUGCCUCUGAUGAGAACGAUGCUAAUCAAAUUGGAGGAAGCAUUCUUGCCGGGGUUGACAACGGUUACCUGGAUGUCGUUGAAUUUGAAAGACUAUCUGAAUCAGCUGGAACAAGUAAUCAAAACUGCGGAAAUCUUCGUCAAGGAUGUGAAUGAUAUACGAGAAGCACGAAUAGAAGAUAUCCUGUAUUCAUUUGCCAAUACAGACUUACUUGUGCUACCAGUGGAAGCCGUAGCUCCCGCCUCAUUCAUGGAAAUGAACAUCAAAUAUAGACAAUCAAUUGAGAAAUAUUUGGAAAAGAAGUCCCAAGCAAUGGAGAAAGCAACGAUCGAGUUGAUCAAUAGAUUUGUCGAAAGCAUCGAUGUAGCGGAAUUCGACGAAAGAGGAAAUCGCAAAUUUCAACUUCCUCUGGCAGAGCACAAUAAUGAGAACCGCCGCCGUGAGGAAGCUCUGCCAAUUGACAAAUACGAUUGGAUCAGCUUUGACAAAAUCUACAAAGCACUGGCAUACCCAUCUCCGGAAGCCCACCAAAAAGCUCUAUUCCAAGACUACGCGGGGCUGAACUACGACGUCACCCUGCUUCACAUUGACUGUAUGGAGCUGUUUGCCUACUUUAACCAUCGGAUCAUUGCUAUCUUUGUGCGAAUGGUGAAGACAUCCCUGGAGAAGCUAAGAUCACGAAUUAAGCUAGUGAACCUCCAGAUGAACAAGGCAGCCGCUAUGCGAGAGAUCAGCCCACUUCUCGUGACCGAUAUGGAACUACAGGAAGACGCAUGCGUCAUCAUACCCUCGUUGGACGAGAUACAGUACAGCUUCCAGCGUGUAAUCAUGAAUGUGGUGGAAACAUUUUACGCUGUGGCAACCUGGGGUAGACAGACAAAAACCGAAUCCCGUAAGCUACGACGUCCGGUACUGGAUGAGGUACGGCACGAACGGUCGUGGUUCAAGACAAUCUCGGGACACAAGGAAGUGUCCCGGGUGAUUCACGAAUUUGACGGUGGAUUGCUGCUAGUGCAACCUGACGUCGAUUUGGAACUUAGAGAAAUGUACAACAAAUACGAAUACUUGUGGAAGAACGACAUAUUCGCCGUUCCGCUGGAAGAAAAACCGGCCCUGUUUGAGAAGAUUCAAAAUGAUUUAUCCUUGAUUGAAUUCGUUACUCAAGUCGGGCCCAUAGUGAUACAGUCGGGACAGGUGAUCAAAGCUGUUUUAAUUAAAUUUUUGGAAUUCUACACGAAGCGAAUAACAGAAAUAACAGACUUCAUCACAAAACAUGAUACAACAUUGAAGAGAACUCUGAAAGACCUGGACGACAUCAAAAUGGCUAUGGAGUGUUUGCAGAUUGUGCAGGACAACUUUACCUUCGUUGACGUAGAUCUUGGUUUUAUUGAGUCGACGUAUAAAACACUAGCAGACUUUGAUUUGGGAACUACCAAAGAAGACAUAGAACACGUUUACGGAUUACGAGAUAGCUUCAAGUCGAUGGGCAAAAAAGUGGAGAAGGUAGAGAAUGAUAUAAUAGCUCUUCAAGUUCCGCUACAACGGGAGCUUGCGGAAGGAGUUGCAGAGUUCGUUGAAGAGAUCGCGGACUUUGAUCUCGAAUUCGAAACCAAGGGUCCAAUGGAAGAAGGCAUUUCUGCCAAAGAAGCUAGUGAUCGUGUCUUGAUGUUCCAGGGAAGAUUUGACGAGCUGUGGCGUAAAUUCGAAAUGUACGCUAGUGGAGAAGCAUUUCUGGGUCUCAAGGUCAAUGACUAUCCGAUUCUUCACAAACGAAAGAAGGAAUUCAAUCUGCUGAGCAAACUGUACUCACUGUACUUGCAAGUGAUGCGCAGCAUUGACGAGUACUACGAGACACCAUGGGCAGAUGUCGAUAUUGAGAAAAUAAAUACAGAGUUGACAGAUUUCCAGAAUCGCUGCAGAAAACUCCCUAAAGGCAUGAAAGACUGGUUGGCAUAUAUCGACCUAAAGAAAAAGAUCGACGAUUUUAAUGACAGCUGUCCGCUUCUGGAGUUGAUGUGUAAUGAAGCCAUGAAGGACCGCCAUUGGGAGAAGCUGGAGAAUCUCUUGGGCUGCAAGUUUGAGGUAGAAUCUUCGGACUUCACUUUGGGUCAUGUCAUGGAAGCUCCGCUUCUCGAAAAUAAGGAUGAUAUUGAAGACAUUUGUAUAGGAGCGGUGAAAGAGAACGACAUCGACUCAAAGUUGCGACAGGUGAUUGCGGAAUGGUCAGCGGUCAACCUGCAGUUCGCCAACUUCAAAAAUCGUGGUGAAUUGCUGAUCAAGGCGGGAGAAACGAUCGAGGUGAUAUCGCUGCUAGAAGACAGCAUCAUGAUCGUCAACUCGUUAGCUUCGAAUCGCUUCAAUGCACAUUUCAAAAAGGAGAUAAUGGUUUGGUUGCACAAACUGGUGAAUACGGGGGAGAUACUGGAAAAGUGGUUGCAAGUGCAGAACUUGUGGAUAUACCUGGAAGCUGUUUUCGUAGGUGGAGAUAUAUCCAAACAACUUCCGCAAGAUGCUAAACGAUUCGCUGGUAUCGACAAAACCUGGGUUCGAAUCAUGUUUAGGGCGAGAGAUAACCCUAACGCGGUCGAAUGCUGCACCGGAGAAGACACGAUGCAGUACACACUGACCGCAUUGCUGGGACAGCUGGAAUCGUGCCAGAAGUCAUUGACCGGCUAUUUGGAAUCCAAGAGAUUGUUGUUCCCGCGAUUCUUCUUUAUUUCUGAUCCGGUGCUGUUGGAAAUCCUUGGCCAAAGUUCAGAUCCUACCUCGAUUCAGGGUCACCUGCUGAGUAUCUUUGACGCUGUAGCGCAAGUGGAGUUCGAGGAGAAAACCGUCGGUAAAAUCAUAUCAUUGCUCUCGGACAACAAGGAGAAAGUUUCACUGGGUCGACCUGUGUUCUGUACGGGAGGUGUAGAAGUAUGGUUAGGUCGGUUACUCACCGAAAUGCAGGAUACUAUCCGCGAUAUUCUAGCUACGAUGGCACAAUGUUUGGCUAGUGCUGAUUUCGAUUUCAUCACUGGAUUCCAAGGUUUUUGCGGGCAAGCAGGUUUGGUCGGUGUUCAGCUUUUGUGGACCCGGGAUGCAGAAAUUGCCCUCAGAAAGUGCCGCACUGACAAGAAUGUAAUGCGAAAAACCAAUCAACGUUUCUUGGAUUUGCUGAAUAGUUUGAUUGAGUUAACUGUGAAAGAUCUGACGAAAUUGGAACGCAUUCGUUUCGAAACCAUGGUGACGAUCCACGUUCACCAGAGGGACAUUUUCGAUGAUCUGGUGAGAUACAAGAUACGGACACAUCUUGAUUUCGAAUGGCAAAAGCAGGCACGGUUCUACUACAUCGAAGAAACGGACGAUGUGAUCGUUAAAAUCACCGAUGUCGACUUUAUAUACCAGAACGAAUACUUGGGUGUGACAGAGCGUUUGGCGAUCACACCGUUGACGGAUCGAUGCUAUAUCACACUGGCCCAAGCUAUCGGUAUGUCAAUGGGAGGCGCUCCGGCGGGACCUGCAGGAACCGGUAAGACGGAAACAACCAAGGACAUGGGACGUGCCCUUGGCAAGCUGGUUGUCGUUUUCAACUGCUCGGACCAGAUGGACUUCCGAGGGUUGGGACGAAUUUAUAAGGGAUUGGCUCAGUCCGGAUCGUGGGGCUGCUUCGAUGAGUUCAACCGAAUCGAACUUCCGGUACUGUCGGUUGCCGCACAACAGAUAUAUAUUGUUCUGUCUGCUAGAAAAGAAAAAAAGACGGAGUUUAUCUUUAGUGAUGGUGAUAGGGUGACCCUCAACCCCGAAUUCGGACUGUUCAUUACCAUGAAUCCCGGAUACGCUGGACGGCAAGAACUACCGGAGAAUCUCAAGAUUAUGUUUCGUUCGGUAGCAAUGAUGGUACCCGAUCGACAAAUCAUCAUGCGUGUCAAACUGGCUAGCUGUGGUUUCAAGGAAAACGUCAUCCUAGCUCGUAAGUUUUUCACUCUGUACAAACUGUGCGAAGAGCAGCUGUCUAAGCAAGUUCACUAUGAUUUUGGCCUGCGGAACAUCCUCUCGGUGUUGCGAACUCUCGGUGCACAGAAACGGGCGAAUCCGAGCGAUACGGAAGAAACCAUUGUGAUGCGAGUUCUACGCGAUAUGAACGUAUCCAAGCUGGUAGAUGAAGAUGAGCCUCUGUUUAUUUCGUUGAUCGAGGAUCUUUUCCCGGGGAUUAAGCUAAGCACUUCGAGCUACAAGGAUCUUCAGAGAGCUAUCGGCAACAGCGCGGAGACUUUGGGUUUGGUCAAUCAUCCCGAAUGGAACCUGAAGGUGAUUCAGCUAUAUGAGACAUCCCUGGUGCGCCACGGAUUGAUGACCCUGGGUCCCACAGGAGCUGGCAAGACACGCUGCAUCCAUACACUACUGAAAAGCUUCACUGAGCUGGGAAUGCCGCAUAGAGAAAUUCGUAUGAAUCCGAAGGCGAUAACGGCUCCACAGAUGUUUGGGCGACUGGAUGUAUCCACCAACGAUUGGACGGAUGGAAUUUUCUCUACUUUGUGGCGUAGAACACUGAAAAUAAAGAAAACCGAAUACGUUUGGCUUAUUCUAGAUGGACCGGUUGAUGCCGUUUGGAUUGAAAAUCUGAACUCGGUUCUGGAUGACAACAAAACUCUAACACUGGCUAAUGGGGAUCGUAUUACCAUGGCUGCGAAUGCGAAACUGGUGUUCGAACCCGACAACGUAGAUAAUGCUUCCCCUGCCACAGUUAGUCGAAUGGGAAUGGUUUUCAUGAGUGCAUCAGUACUCAAAUGGGAACCCAUUCUGAACGGCUGGUUGAAAACGAAACCACUCGACAUUGCAGACACUUUGAGAAAAUAUUUCCAAAAAAUUUACGAUGAUCUUCACAGCUUCGUGCAGACUAAGCUUGCAGCGAAAAUGAAAAUUUUGGAAUCCAUUUACAUACGACAGUGUUGCGACAUAUUGGAAGGUCUGAUAACUCCGAAAGAAGAAAGCGCUUCAAUCGACUUGCCUGAUAAACAUUUGGAACGGUUGUUCCUAUUCUCACUUAUGUGGUCCUUGGGAGCGGUUCUUGAGCUGGAAGAUCGAGAAGCGAUGGGAGAAUUCAUUGCUAAACAUCCAUCUAAAAUGAAGUGGCCUAAACUGCAACCGGGAGAAACAAUUUUCGAGUAUCUUGUCUCACCACAAGGUAGCUGGGAGCACUGGAACACUCAGGUUGAGGAGUACAUCUACCCAAGUGAUAGCAUUCCGGAGUACUCCAGCAUUUUGGUGCCAAACGUAGACAAUGUUCGAACGGCGUACCUGAUCGAUCUCAUAGCGAAGCAAUCGAAAGCUGUACUCCUGAUUGGUGAACAAGGUACGGGCAAAACGGUCAUGAUCAAAGGGUACAUGCUGAACUACAACCCGGAGUUCCAUUUAUCUAAAAGUUUCAAUUUCUCAUCGGCCACGACUCCGAACAUGUUCCAACGGAUCAUCGAAUCAUACGUUGAGAAGAGAGUGGGAACAACUUACGGACCACCACAGCAGCGUAGGAUGUCGAUCUUCAUCGACGAUAUCAACAUGCCGGUGGUAAACGAAUGGGGUGACCAGGUGACCAACGAAAUCGUUCGGCAGCUAAUGGAGAACUCUGGAUUCUACUCGCUAGAUAAACCGGGUGACUUCCUAACGAUCCUGGACAUCCAACUGCUGGCAGCUAUGAUCCAUCCGGGCGGAGGCAGAAACGAUAUUCCUCCCAGAUUGAAACGACAGUUUUGUGUGUUCAACUGUGCGAUCCCAAGCAACAAGUCGAUGGAUAAAAUUUUCGGAGUUCUCGGCGAAGGCUACUUCUGCGAAUCGCGGUUCAACGCGACCGUAGUUGGUUUCAUUCCCAAAUUGAUCCCGCUCACAAGAAAGUUAUGGCAAGCAACCAAGACUAAGAUGUUGCCGACUCCUGCGAAGUUCCACUAUGUGUUCAACCUUAGAGAUCUCUCCCGUAUUUGGCAAGGAAUGUUGACGAUCAAAUCGGAGGAGUGUGAAACGAUUAAAACGGUUUUGAACCUGUGGCGCCACGAAUGUACUCGCGUCAUCGCCGAUCGAUUCACCAAUUUCCCGGAUCGCACCUGGUUUGUGGACAAGAUGCAAAAACUAGCAGAAGAAUUGCUAGACGAAUCUGACGUGCAGUAUUACCAGGAAGAUGAAACCUUCUUCGUCGACUUUCUGCGCGAUGCUCCGGAUCCAACUGGGGAGGAAGGAGAGGACGUUAGUUUAGAACCGCCAAAACUGUACGAGGAAAUUCCCAGUUUCGAGGAAACAACUGCUCGUGUGAAAAUGUUCAUGGAGCAGUUCAAUGAACAGAUUCGCGGAGCAGCGAUGGAUCUGGUGUUCUUCCGCGAUGCACUGAUACACCUGAUGAUCAUUUCCAGGAUUAUUCGUACGCCGGGAGGGAAUGCGUUGCUAGUGGGAGUUGGAGGAUCCGGAAAGCAAAGUUUAACCAGACUAGCCUCGUUUAUCGCUGGGUACAAAUGCUACCAGAUUACAUUGACUAGAUCAUACAAUAUGAAUAAUUUAUUGGAUGAUCUGCGGUAUCUCUACCGGGUGGCAGGUUUUGAAGGACAAGGAAUAACGUUUAUUUUUACGGAUAACGAGAUCAAAGAUGAAGGUUUUCUGGAGUACAUAAACAACGUUCUUAGCUCAGGGGAAAUCGCCAAUCUAUUCCCAAAGGAUGACUUAGAUCAAAUCAGGAACGAUCUAAUCCCGGUUAUGAAGAAGGUAGCUCCCAGACGCAUUCCAACACAAGACAACUUAUACGAUUUCUUCAUAUCCCGAGCACGCGCCAAUCUACACAUCGUGUUGUGCUUCUCACCGGUAGGCGAAAAGUUUCGCAAUCGAUCACUAAAGUUCCCUGGACUGAUCUCCGGCUGUACGAUCGAUUGGUUCCAGCGUUGGCCCGAGGAUGCUCUAAUUGCCGUGUCCAAUCACUUCCUCAAGGAUUACACCAUCGUUUGCAAGCCGGAAGUCAAACGGGACCUGAUCGAGAUAAUGGCUUUCGUGCAGGACAAGGUAGCCGAGGUUUGCGUGGAAUACUUUGAACGGUUCCGACGGCAAGCACACGUCACUCCAAAAUCGUUCCUUUCCUUCCUCGAGGGAUAUAAAGUGAUCUACAAAGAUAAACAUGAUAACAUUGCUGUGAUGGCUAGCAGGAUGCAAACUGGUCUGGUUAAACUGAUUGAGGCUGCCGCCUCCGUCGACGUGCUGAGAGUUGAGUUGGAAGAGAAAGAGAAGGACAUCAUUUUGGCAACUCAGGCAGCCGAGAUCGUGUUGUCAUCCGUUACGAAAUCUCAAAAGGAUGCGGAAAUCGUCAAGGCAGAAGUGUUGGUCGUGAAAGACAAAGCUGAUGUUUUGGUGGAGCAAAUCGCGGCCGAAACGGCUAUAGCCGAAGACAAGUUGGAGGCUGCACGACCUGCACUAGAGGCUGCAGAAGCAGCACUGAAAACCGUUACACCCGCAGAUAUUGCCACGGUCCGGAAACUCGGCAAGCCACCAUUUCUCAUUACGCUGAUCAUGGAUGUUGUAUUGAUUUUGUUCCGGAGACGAAUGGCCCCCGUCAAACCAGAUCCAGAGCGUCAGUUUAUGUUUGCCUCUUGGGACGCUUCACUCAAAGUAAUGGCCGAUACAGGAUUCCUAAACAAGAUCGUACGCUAUCAGGCCGAUCUGAUUAACGCCGAAACGGUAGAUCUUAUGAUUCCAUACUUCAAGUAUCACAUGUAUACUUUUGAGGCAGCGAAAGCCGCUUGUGGUAACGUGGCAGGUUUACUACAGUGGACAACGGCUAUGGCAAAAUUCUACGAUGUAAACAAAGAUGUUCUGCCUCUGAAGGCAAACCUAGCCCGGCAGCAGAAGAAACUAGAUUUGGCAACCGUACAACGAGAAGAAGCCGAACAGCUUCUAUUGGCGAAAGAGGCAGAACUGGCCGUGGUCCAAAAGGAAUUCAACGACGCAAUGGCGAAAAAACAAGUCGUGCUAGAUGAUGCAAAGGUCUGCCAAGAUAAAAUGGACGCUGCUUCUGCAUUGAUUAACGGGUUGGCGGACGAGAGAGUUCGUUGGACGGAGCAGUUGUCUCAAUUUAAAAGUGAAACUGAUCGCCUUGUAGGAGAUGUGUUGAUUUUGACCGGAUUUCUCUCGUACACUGGCCCAUUCAAUCAAGAGUAUCGAACGGUGCUACAGAGAGCUUGGCAACGCGAACUACAGACCAGAAAAAUUCCGGUUUCCCUAAACAUAAGUAUUAUGGAGAACUUGACGGAUGAUGCCACCAUUGGUGAGUGGAAUCUGCAAGGGUUGCCAAAUGACGAGUUGUCGAUACAGAACGGUAUUAUCGUUACCAAGGCGGCGCGAUAUCCUUUGCUAAUCGAUCCACAGUCUCAGGGAAAAAUUUGGAUCAAACAGAAAGAAAAGGAAUUUGGACUAAUUGUUACAACACUUGAGCACCGAUUCUUCAGGAAUCAUCUGGAGGAUUGUGUUUCGCAGGGAAUUCCACUGAUGAUCGAGGACGUUGGCGAGGAAUUGGAUCCGAUAUUAGAUAACAUUUUAGAGAAGAAUUUUAUUAAAAUGGGAAAUACGUACAAGGUUAAGAUUGGUGACAAAGAAGUCGACGUUCACUCGAGCUUCCGUCUGUACAUAACUACGAAGCUUCCGAAUCCGCUAUAUACUCCGGAGAUCUCAGCUCGAACUUCGAUUAUUGAUUUUACCGUUACGAUCAAGGGUCUGGAAGACCAGCUACUCGGUCGGGUAAUUUUAACUGAGAAAAAAGAACUGGAAUCGGAAAGGACGAAUCUAAUAAAAGACGUAACAGCCAACCGUAGGAAGAUGCAGGAACUUGAGGCCAAUCUUCUACAUAAGUUGUCAACGACCCAGGGCAGUUUAGUGGACGAUGUGACGGUGAUUGUAGUGCUGAACACCAGCAAGACAACCUCAAUUGAAGUUCGCGAGAAAUUGAAGAUCGCACGGGAAACGGAAAUCAAAAUAAACAAAGCUCGUGAAGAGUAUAGGGGGGUGGCCACUAGAGGAAGUGUGCUCUAUUUUUUGAUUUGCAGCAUGUCCAUGGUGAACUGUAUGUAUCAAACCUCGCUGGUACAGUUCCUAGAGCGUUUCGAUAUUUCAAUGGCUCGAUCCGAUAAACACAUUGUCACAACGCGACGAAUUAACAACAUCAUUGAGUACCUGACUUACGACAUAUUCCAGUAUAUCUGCAGAGGAUUGUACGAGGUCCACAAAUACCUAUUUGUACUCCUGAUGGCACUGAAUAUUGAUUUGGAAAAGAAGAAAAUUACCCAUCAAGAGUUCCAAACAUUCAUUAAGGGGGGCGCUGCGUUGGAUAUCAACACCUGUCCGGAGAAACCGUACAAAUGGAUCGUCGACACCGCAUGGUUAAACCUGGUACAGCUAUCAUCACUACACCAAUUCAGCGAAAUUAUCGAUCACGUACAGAGCAACGAAAAGGGAUGGAAGAAUUGGUUUUCGAAGGAAGCACCCGAAGAAGACGUCAUUCCAGAUGGUUACCAAAAUAUGGACGCCUUCCGAAAGUUGCUCCUAAUUCGAGCAUGGUGUCCGGAUCGAACGCUUUCGCAAAGUAGAAAGUAUCUAGCGAUGUCACUGGGAGAACGAUUCGCCGAUCCUGUGAUUAUCAACUAUGAUCUUAUGUUGGAAGAAAGUAGACCGCUAACUCCGCUUGUUUGUUUCCUAUCGAUGGGAUCGGAUCCAACACCAAGCAUUGAAGCACUGGCCAAAAAGAAUGCUAUCAAAUGUCGGUCUAUUUCGAUGGGACAAGGGCAGGAAGUCCACGCCAGAAAGCUCAUUGCCACAUCGCUGGAAGAAGGCUCCUGGGUGCUACUGCAGAAUUGUCAUUUGGGGUUGGAUUAUGUCAACGAACUGAUGGUGCUGAUCAUGGAGUUGGAAAAAACUGGAACAGGGUUUCAUACGGAUUUCCGCGUGUGGGUUACCACCGAACCUCAUCCACAGUUUGCCAUCACCUUCUUGCAGAUGUCGAUCAAAUUCACGAAUGAGCCUCCGUCCGGGGUGAAGGCAGGAUUGAAGCGAACCUAUGGUUCGAUGACAAUCGAAAUGUUUGAAUACAGUGAAUCACAGUUCUACGUACCGUUGAUCUUUGCCAUUUCAUUUCUGCACACAGUUGUCCAGGAGCGGAGGAAAUUCGGUCCACUCGGGUGGAACAUUCCAUACGAGUUCAAUUCAGCCGAUUGGCUGGCGAGUUGUAUGUUUGUCCAGAACCAUCUGGAUGAUUUGGAUCCCAAGCGAGGCAUCAGUUGGAAAACCGUACGCUACAUGUUGGGUGAAGUACAGUACGGAGGCCGCGUUACCGACGAUUACGACAAACGAUUACUGAAUACGUUUGCCAAGGUUUGGUUCUCGGACAUGAUGUUCCUGGACGAGUUUAGAUUUUUCCGGGAGUACCGGAUCAUGAAGUAUAAAUCGAUCGAAGAGUAUAUGGAAGCGAUUGAGCAAAUGUCGCUGAUUGAUCCACCGCAAGUGUACGGAUUGCACGCCAAUGCAGACAUUACGUAUCAAAGUAAUACCACCAAGGAGAUUCUGGACACGAUUGUGUCUAUUCAACCGAAAGAAUCCUCCGGCGGUGGUGGCGAAACGCGAGAAGCAACAGUGGCACGGUUAGUCCACGACAUGAUGUCAAAGGUGCCAAUCUUGUACGAUCCAUAUGCCGUCAAGGAACGACUGAAGAUCAUGGGUCAUUUAAGUUCGAUGAACAUUUUCUUGCGACAGGAGAUUGAUCGAAUUCAACGGAUCAUCCUACUUGUUCGGACAACAUUGAAGGAUCUAUUGUUGGCAAUCGAUGGAAUUAUCAUUAUGAAUGAACAGCUGCGGGAUGCUUUGGAUAACAUCUACGACGCCCGAGUUCCGGAGGUCUGGAAACGUGGGAGCUGGGAAUCCGCUUCCCUUGGUUUCUGGUUCACGGAGCUGAUCGAACGAAAUAAUCAGUUCUGCACCUGGUGCUUCAAGGGACGUCCGAACAUGUUUUGGAUGACAGGAUUCUUCAACCCGCAAGGAUUUCUGACAGCUAUGCGACAGGAAGUGGCAAGAGCUCAUAAAGGCUGGGCUCUGGAUGUGGUUACACUGCACAACGAUGUGACCAAGCUGGCAACGGAGGAAUGUAAGCAACCUCCGAACGAAGGUGUUUUUGUUUACGGUCUGUAUUUGGACGGAGCCGGAUGGGACAGAAGAAAUAAUCGAUUACAAGAGUCUAUCAAUAAGGUACUGUACACUGCGAUGCCGGUUGUGCACAUCUAUGCUAUCAACUCAACGGCUGCUAAGGAUCCAAAACUGUACGAGUGUCCUGUCUAUAAAAAAGCUAACCGCACAGAUCUGAAUUACAUCACACCGCUGUGGUUACCAACACUCAAAUCACCGGACCAUUGGAUUUUACGCGGGGUGGCCUUGUUGUGUGAUAUUAAAUAAUGUUCCUUGUGUA